CCCUGGCGCCCCCGCUCCCGGCCCCCGCCCCCUCGCGGUCUCCGCCUCCUUUUCCUCACACACCCCCCGGGCUGCCCGGGCCCCAGGCCUUCCCCGCGCUCCUCCUCCUCCGUCUCUUCACACUCUCUCCGACCUGGGUCCUUUUGCUGCCCGUCGGCCUGGCAGCCUCUGGGGCGAGUCCUCCUCGGGCUCCCUUUCACACGCACGCACGCGCCCUCGCUCGCAGGGCGGCCCCCUCUUCUCCAGCCUUCCUCCUGACCGUCCUUUAAGGCCGCCGUCGGGGGAAGGAUUGAUGUCCCUUCAGCAUCAUGCAGCCGCCGCCGAGGAAGGUGAAAGUUACACAAGAGUUGAAAAACAUUCAAGUUGAACAGAUGACAAGACUUCAAGCCAAACAUCAAGCAGAAUGUGAUUUGCUUGAAGAUAUGAGGACAUUCAGUCAGAAGAAGGCUGCAAUUGAAAGAGAAUACGCACAGGGCAUUCAGAAGUUGGCUAGUCAGUACCUGAAGAGAGAUUGGCCUGGAAUAAAAGCUGAUGAUCGGAAUAAUUACAGGAGUAUGUAUCCUGUUUGGAAAUCUUUUCUCGAGGGAACAAUGCAGGUAGCCCAGUCUCGGAUCAAUAUAUGUGAAAACUACAAAAACUUCAUUUCUGAGCCUGCAAGGACAGUGAGAAGCAUAAAAGAACAACAACUAAAAAGGUGUGUGGACCAGUUGACAAAGAUCCAAACUGAAUUACAAGAAACAGUGAAAGAUUUAGCUAAAGGCAAAAAGAAGUACUUUGAGACUGAACAGAUGGCUCAUGCAAUACGAGAGAAAGCUGACAUCGAGGCAAAGUCUAAACUUAGUCUUUUUCAAUCAAGAAUCAGUUUACAGAAGGCAAGUGUAAAGUUGAAAGCCCGACGAUCUGAGUGCAAUUCCAAAGCUACUCAUGCAAGGAAUGACUACCUUCUCACACUAGCAGCAGCAAAUGCACAUCAGGAUCGCUACUAUCAAACUGAUUUACUUAACAUUAUGAAGGCUCUUGAUGGAAAUGUAUAUGAUCACCUCAAAGAUUAUUUAAUAGUUUUCAGUCAGACUGAGCUGGAAACAUGCCAAGCUGUACAAAACACAUUUCAGUUUUUAUUAGAAAACUCAAGCAAGGUGGUACGGGACUAUAACCUUCAACUGUUUUUACAAGAGAAUGCUGUAUUUCACAAACCUCAGCCUUUCCAGUUCCAGCCUUGUGAAAGUGAUACUAGUCGACAACUGGAAUCAGAAACUGGGACUACAGAGGAACACAGUCUAAAUAAGGAGGCUCGGAAAUGGGCCACACGGGUGGCACGUGAGCACAAAAACAUUGUUCAUCAACAGCGGGUUCUGAAUGAUCUGGAAUGUCAUGGAGUUGCCAUAUCAGAACAAAACCGGGUAGACCUGGAACAGAAAAUAGAUGAAGCCAGAGAAAAUAUCCGUAAAGCAGAGCUUAAUACAGAUAUGGAAAGAGAAGAAGGAGAAGAGUUUGAAGACAAUAUGGAUGUUUUUGAUGACAGUAGUUCAAGCCCUUCUGGCACCUUAAGAAAUUAUCCACUCACCUGCAAAGUUGUUUACUCCUACAAGGCUUCUCAACCAGAUGAGUUGACCAUUGAGGAACAUGAGGUGUUAGAAGUGAUUGAAGAUGGAGAUAUGGAAGACUGGGUAAAGGCUCGAAAUAAAGUUGGCCAAGUGGGUUAUGUGCCAGAAAAGUACCUCCAGUUUCCCACCUCGAACAGCCUACUGAGCAUGCUGCAGUCGUUGGCUGCUCUGGAUAGUCGGUCACACACGUCCAGCAAUUCCACAGAAGCAGAGCUCGUUUCAGGCAGCCUCAACGGAGAUGCCAGUGUCUGUUUUGUGAAAGCACUUUAUGACUAUGAGGGACAGACAGAUGAUGAGUUGUCUUUUCCUGAGGGAGCAAUCAUCCGUAUCUUGAACAAAGAAAACCAAGAUGAUGAUGGCUUCUGGGAAGGGGAGUUCAACGGGCGGAUUGGAGUUUUCCCAUCGGUGCUAGUAGAAGAACUUUCAGCCUCAGAGAAUGGUGACACUCCAUGGAUGAAAGAAAUUCAGAUCUCUCCUUCCCCCAAGCCAAACGCCGCCCUGCCUCCGCUGCCCUUGUAUGACCAGCCUCCCAGCAGCCCUUACCCCAGCCCAGAUAAGAGGAGCUCACAAUUCUUCCCCCGAUCUCCGUCAGCAAAUGAAAACAGUCUCCAUGUUGAAUCGCCAGGAUUCUCACAGGCAUCAAGGCAUACUCCUGAGACCUCGUAUGGAAAACUGCGUCCUGUCCGGGCAGCUCCCCCUCCUCCCACACAGAACCACAGGAGGCCAGCUGAAAAGAUGGAGGAUGUGGAGAUCACACUGGUGUGACCAUGGCUUUACCCUCUGUUACUGCUACAAUCAAGGCCAGGCUUGGAGUUCGGCCCAUCUUGUUUUUUUAGGCACCUUUGCAUGAUGAUGACUCUUGAACAGAGCAAAACCAAGGAGGAUUCUUGACUGGUGGCCUGGUGGACUCCUCCCAUGUUUUGAAUAUUUUGUGCCUUUUUUAGUUGUCAUUUUCUAUAUCAUCUCUCCUACCAUAGCACAAAUCUUAGAGGCCCUAGAAGAAGAGUGGAGAGCAGCCCUCAUGCCUAACAGUGGCCCAUUUUUAUAUGAGACUGGCCUCAUGCCAAGGCACAGUCGCAGAAUUACUGAUCAUGUGCAUUCGUACAGUAUAUUACUGUGGCCACAAGGAUGUGGCAAAGAUCUCAUCUUUCUUCAAGUGGCUUUUGCUCAUCUGAUUAAGUAUUAAUCAGAUCAUGUUGGCUACAUAAGGAAACAGAAGGAGGGAUUCAGGAGAGGCUGGUUCCUCCCCAAGGUUCAUCCCCUAGACUGAAAGUGACACUUGACUGGGAAGAAAGGGACUGAUUGCCCUGAGUUUAGCGCCAACUGCAUUAACGCACACCUCCUCCACAACUAACAGGUUUUAAAUGGUAACCGUGUCCUUUGUGUUAAUAUUUAUGCCAUUCAUUUAGUAUUAGGGGGCUAACCUGGAGGGGCUGAACUAGUAGCCAUGUCUUGCCCAUUACAUAAAUAAUAGAAAAAAAGGAGGCCAUGGCUGAAGCUGAAAUGGAGCUUCCAGAUCUGAAAUGAAGUGGUUUAAUGUUCUUUUUGUCUUUGGGGUAUUUUUCAUCAUAGUUUUUACAGCACAUACUUUUCUGACCAGUAUCUUUAGAAUCUGAAUGUGUGGAUACAUUGAGGACACAUGCCUGCAUUGCUGAGCUUCUCUACUGAGGAGGCAUUAUUUUAUUCACAAGCUAGUGUUCUGGCCUACACAGCCAUAUUGUGGUUGGUGCAGACCACCUGUCACCCAUGGAAAAUUCAGCUUCAGCUCCCACUGUCCUGACAUUCCCUUGGGAGGAAGAGCCUAUGGGCCCAUGAAGGAAACUAGCUUCCUGUGAGAAAGGACCAAGUACUGCACACCUGCACAAGAGGAGUGGAUGAGAAAAGUUGAAUGCCGGGACAAGUGUUCUUGGUGGCCUACAGCAGCAAGACCCAGAAUGAGCUCUGGCACUCCGUACCAUGGAAAGUAAGGAGCACAUUACCUGAGGACUAAGGGACAUUUGCCAGCUCCUGUUUAUUUUUGUCAAGAAAUCAAACAGAACUUAAUCCAAACCUUGUAUUAUGCUUUUGAAAAUUCCAUCCCUUCUAAGAAUCUUGAAAAACUUGAAGUGCUCGCCAAAUGUCCCCAUGGGAUCUUUGACCAAAAGUAAGGUCAGAACCCAAGAAAUUUUCAGUUAGUCACUUGAUCCCUCAGUGACAACACUUCUAGCAAUUUUUCUCCAUGAUUUUGUUUUUGUUUUUUGCAUUUCUUAAUCUGUUGAUCUAUUUGAGGUCUUUUUGUGUUUAUCAAACUUAUUCUUAAGUUUAAAAAAUUAAAAGGGUGGCUUUUAUAAGACAAAAAUUUUCCUGUGUUCCAUAUCUUCAAAGUACUUAUGAAUAGUAGAGCAGUUCUUGCCACCCAGACCUUGUAUUCUCUCUUUAGCUAGCCAAAUUUGUCCUUGAAUUUGGGUUUUUCACAACCUCAGAGAAUUAUUUCAAAUCUUUUGUUAUAUUUUAAAGUAUUUUUUGGAAGAGCUGCUAAUUUUAUUUUAAAAAACAAAGUUGUAAAAAUAUGCCUCCUUUUUAAAAAAUAACCCCUCCCUCCAGGCCAUGUAACCCAGAGUCACCAUGCACAGGUCAGGCUCACAGAGAGCCUAUGUGCAGAUGUGCUUUCUUUACAGUGGCUGUAAAAAGUUUGUAUUUAUUAUGUAUAAAAUGUUGAAUAAUAAAAAAACAGAAUUAA